AUGAGAGAGCAGGUGCCAGUGCUCAAUCGGUCGCCUCAGCAAGAACAGAAUCUCGAGGUGCCGGCGUUUGUCCUCGAAAUGAGCCAACUAUUCCUCGCUCUCCAUCUAGUGAAACAUGAACAUGAUCAUCUGGAAAAUCAAAACAGUCUUCACAUAUACACAUCAAUGCGCGGCGACAAUGAUCCAGAUGUUGAAUUGGAAAUUGUCCGUCCACGGGAAAGCGGCCCCCUAUGGGCUAUUCAAUAUGAAGACUCCCAGUGGUAAACGCGUCACGUUUAAUACUAGCCACUGUUUUGAAAGUACAAAUGAAAUUAACGGGUAUGGUUGGAAGAUGAGUUGGGAGACAAUGAAAAAGGACUAUCUAGUCGAUGAUAGUUUAUUUGUCAAAGCAACUGUCAAGAUUACAAAAAUGAUUGGAAUACCUAGAAAGAAGCUGAAGAGCUUUGAUGAGUCAGUUGAAGAGUUUUCCGAUGUGAUUCUUGCAGUUGAAGAUGAAAAGUUUUAUGUUCUCAAGAAGUUCCUAGCUUCUCACUCUUCAUACUUCAAAUCUCUUUUCUUUGGAAGCUUCGCGGAAGCUGAAAAAUCAGAAAUUACACUUUCCGAGAUCAACUCUGCAGGUUUUCAGUGCCUUCUGGAGGUUCUAUACGGAGAAUCUGCUAUUGAUGACGAGAACGUCGACGGAAUCCUGCAUUUGGCUCACAUGAACGAAAUGGCUUUUGUGAUUCGGAAAUGCGAAGAGUGUUUGCUCGACAAAUCGGACAGACCCAGUAGGUGUAUAUUCAAGAUUGCGAAGCAGUAUCAAUUGGAAUUUAAAGAAAUCAUGUCUAUCGAGAAUCAAAACAAUCGAUGA